AUGGAAACGUAUCGUGGUUAUGUACAAACACCAGCCGAUGCCAUUCGACUUUUGGAAGCCUGCCGAUUAGGCGUUUUGCCCCGUUUGCAACGACGACUUUCGGGAAAAGAGCGGCAAUCGAUUCGAUCUGGUUCUGUUUUUGUCUGGGAUGAGCGGGAAACUGGUAUGAGAAGAUGGACUGAUGGCAAGUCAUGGAGUGCCAGUCGGAUUGCAGGAGGCUUCCUCAUAUACCGUGAACUGAAAGCCAAGCGAGGCGGAUUCUUCUCUACUAAUCGAAGAGGUGCGGAUAAAACUGCAGACUCCGAUCGCGGUUGUGAUGGGUACCAGGACUAUGGAGAGUCUGGGAGGCAACGAUACAAGGCAGACGGUCUUGUGAAGCAGUCGUUCAGCAUCACCACCUCCUGUGGCAACCACUUUCACCUCAUCUCGUACUACUCCUGGCUUCAGCAUGGCCAAUCUGGUCUUCAGCGACCGACAAACGACCCUGAAUUGCGAAACAUCGUUCCCCCCAAACACAUUUACACCAAGUCCAGUAUGGACAAGUUCAACACCACACCCGCUCUCACUCGCGAGCCGAUGCAGCAGCCUCCUUACGUCGCUCCUCAGCCUCGUCAACAACCUCAUGCUGUCGACGGUCAGCCUGGAUAUAGCCGGACUCCUUCUCCUGCAGCUACUCCUCCUUACACGCGUCGCGUCUCCCACUACCCUCCCACUGCUCUCCAACAAUACCCGCCACAUGUCAGCUAUCCAGACCUGCCUCUCCCAAACUACGCCAACACAGCUGUUUACGAACAGCCUGGGCUUCUUUCUGUCCUGCCGGCCAAACCUUACACAGAAAACGCUUCACAGCACUACUCGCAUCCUACUCUUCCCGGAACGCACGAACGCUCUCGCGACCAGCAUCUUAAGUCAGUCGGCCAGAGCGCCGUAGGUGAUGCUCCAUCGAGUACUUCCCACACUUACCAAGUAGCACUACCAAGUCCCGGCGCUUUGGCCAACGGUCCUACCGGUGCUUCCUUGGCGGCAAUUGGCACACCUUCUGGUAGAACCGUGAGUGUUGGGCCCCCCGGAAACUCUCACUUCUAUGUAUCGCGACCGUCUGCCCUUGAUGCUGUGCUGCACCACACCCCCACUGCUGGCGAGAGUGGCAGCGCCAAGCCUGGCAACGUUACGAGCAGUCCUCGGGCGUCCGGUGCAAGCGUACUGGAGACGGGUGGUUCUAGCGAGGACGCGAAAGCGUUGAAGUUGUUGGACCGCAGGUUUUGUAUCUGA